UCCCUCACCAAUUAUUGCACUCAGGCCUCUAGAAAGCGGGGUUGGAUCUUUCAAGAGGGAAGCUGUACUAUUGGAAGGCUCGAUCUAUCUUCUUCCUUCAACAGUCGGUAGAACGACAUGCGCAAGCAGCUCGACCCCCGCUUGCCCAUCCUCAUCAAUAACAAUGUCAAGAAGAACCACCGUUCAUUCGUAGUACUAGUUGGAGACAAGGGAAGGGACCAGGUCGUGAACCUGCACUUCCUGCUCUCCCAAGCCCGCGUGUCUGCGCGGCCUUCCGUCCUAUGGUGUUACAAGAAGGAACUGGGAUUUACGAGUCACCGCAAGAAGCGAGAGGCAAAGAUCAAGCGUGAUGUGAAGCGUGGUGUCCGAGAGCCCAACGAGCAAGACCCCUUCGAGAUUUUUAUCACCGAGUCGCACAAGAUCCUUGGUCAGACGUAUGGGAUGUGUGUACUGCAGGACUUCGAGGCGAUAACGCCGAACCUACUCGCACGGACGAUCGAGACGGUGGAGGGAGGCGGUUUGGUCGUGAUCUUGCUUAAGACGAUGAGUUCGCUGAGACAGUUGUAUACUAUGUCUAUGGACGUUCAUGCCCGGUACCGAACGUCUGCGCACGAUACCGUGGUUGCUCGCUUCAACGAACGCUUCAUCCUCUCUCUCGGUUCCUGCGACGACUGUCUUGUAUUGGAUGACGAGCUCAACGUCCUCCCUAUAUCCCGUGGCAAGGACAUCAAACCCAUCGAGGAGGAACGCGGGAAGGGCAAGGCCGAAGGCGAGCUGAAGGACCUCAAGGAUAGUCUCGCAGACACGAAGCCCGUUGGCGAACUGAUUAAGCUCUCGAAGACCCUCGACCAAGCGCAGGCGAUUCUCACAUUCGUCGAUGCGAUUGCGGAGAAGACGCUGAGCUCCACGGUCACCCUCACCGCGGCCCGUGGACGAGGCAAGUCUGCGGCUCUCGGUCUUGCGAUCGCCGCGGCGCUCGCGCAUGGGUACUCGAACAUCUUCGUGACGAGUCCCAGCCCGGAGAACUUGAAGACGCUGUUUGACUUCGUGUUCAAGGGCAUGGACGCGCUUGGUUAUGAAGAGCACCUUGACUAUGACAUCGCACAAAGUACGAAUCCGGACUUCAACAAGGCCAUCGUGCGAGUCAAUGUCUUCCGGCAACAUCGACAGACCAUCCAGUACAUCCAACCACAAGACGCUCAUGUACUCGGGCAAGCCGAGCUGGUCAUCAUCGAUGAAGCCGCCGCUAUCCCACUACCACUCGUACGCAACCUGAUCGGCCCAUACCUAGUCUUCAUGGCCUCCACCAUCAACGGCUACGAAGGCACGGGCCGGUCGCUGUCCCUCAAGCUCAUCCAGCAGCUGCGCGAGAGCACCCGACCCACCCUCUCAAAAGACGCGUCCGCAGACGACGCCGCCCCUACAGCAAGCUCGUCCAAGAAGCCCCUCGCGAAGGCCCCGCCCAAGUCGCGCACACUGCGCGAGAUCAAACUCGAGACGCCGAUCCGGUAUGGCACGGGCGACAAGGUCGAGAAGUGGCUGAACGCGCUGCUCUGCCUCGACGCGACGGUCGCGCCGAAGAGCGCGGUGCACAGCACGCCGCAUCCGUCGCAGUGCGAGCUGUUCUACGUGUCGCGCGACACGCUGUUUAGCUAUCACCCCGCGUCGGAGGUGUUCCUGCAGCGCAUGAUGGCGCUGUACGUCGCGAGUCACUAUAAGAACCAGCCGAACGACUUGCAGUUACUGAGCGACGCACCUGCGCACCACUUGUUUGUGUUGUUGCCGCCGAUUAAGGACGAUGAGAGCACACUUCCGGAGCCACUCGUCGUGCUGCAGGUCGCGCUGGAGGGCAACAUCAGCAAGCAGGCGAUUCUGGACGGGCUGAGCCGAGGCUACAGAGCGGGCGGAGACAUGAUUCCUUGGUUGAUUUCUCAACAAUUCCAGGAGAACAAGUUUGCGCUGCUCUCUGGAGCACGAAUAGUUCGUAUUGCGACACAUCCGGACUAUGCCAAUAUGGGCUACGGAGCACGCGCACUGCAGGCUCUGAACUCAUUCUAUAGCGGGGAGUACUUCAAUCUCGACGAAACCGCUCAGCUGGAACCAUCCUACCCUGACCCCGCUGCGAUCGACGAAUCUACAAAUCUCCUGACGGACAAGCCAACUAUCCGAUCGGCGACAGCAAUGCCACCACUGCUCCAGCGCCUUACUGAGCGGAAACCUGAGACAAUCGACUACCUCGGUGUGUCUUACGGUCUCACGCCGCAGCUUCUCAGAUUCUGGAAGCGUGCGGGAUAUGUCCCGUUGUAUGUUCGACAGACGACGAGCGAGCUUACAGGGGAGCACACGUGUGUCAUGGCGCGGGGCCUGAACACGUCGAUGAAUAGCGAACUCGAGUGGCUCGGAGAGUUCGCCAAAGACUUCCGGAGACGAUUCCUGUCGUUGCUAUCGUUCAAGUUCAGGGAAUUCGGCAGUGUCACGGCUUUGAGCAUCUUGGAAGCCGCGAACAAUGGAGUCAAGAAGCUGGGUUCAGAGCGUACGAAAGAGCUGACAAACCGGGAGUUGUCCUUCAUCCUGUCGCCCUUCGACCUCAAACGCUUGGAAUCAUAUGCCAACAACAUGCUUGACUACCAUGUUAUCUUGGAUUUGCUGCCAACUGUCGCUUCUCUGUACUUCGAGAAGCGGCUAGUCGAGGAUGUCCACCUCAGCGCCGUGCAAAGCUCAAUAUUACUUGCAUUGGGUGCGCAACGCAAGACGGUUGAGGAGGUUGAGUCCGAGCUGCAGCUUCCGGUUUCUCAGGUCCUAGCGCUCUUCGUUAAGAUUGUUAAGAAGAUCAGCAAACGGCUGCACGACAUUCAGCGACAAGCCAUCAGUGCCGAGAUGCCAGAGGAGCCCGCGGCAUCUCGUAUUGACGGGGACGCCAGUGCGACAAACUGGAAGCCCGUUGAGACGAGCAUUACGGACGAGCUGAAGGAUGCUGGCGACGAGGUGACGAAGUCGCUGCGGGAAAAGCAACGGCAAAUGAUUGACUCGCUCGAUUUGAGCAAGUACGCCAUUGACGACUCCUCAGCAAAUUGGAGCGUGGCUGAGGCGCAGGUAGCCAAGCUCGCGAACGGUGAAGGCGGUGGCAAAUCUACCGUCGUCAGUGUCAAAACCGCUGUGACCGGCCAGAAGAGGAAGGCGGACGUUGGCGAGGAGAAGCCAAUGAAAGACAAGAAGGGGGCACGGAGGAGUAUAAAGAAGGCGAAGCGGUAGGAAUGAGUGCGUAUCUAUUGUCUUUUUGCUCUAGUCGGGUACAUUGCUGUCUCUUUACAUGCAUUGUUAUAUUUCAACAGUCGCAGAUGAUGCUCGAGGUUUUUUUUCUUUUUAGA